AUUCUACUGGUAGGCAAAAGCAUUGUUUUUCAAGUGCAGACUUAGUUGCAUUGUAGAUUAGCUUUUGCUUCUCUGCUUCUACUGUGUACCAGCUGAAACCACAUCAGUCUCAAACCGACCCCUUAUUCAGCUUGAGAAGGAUUCUGAUGGAUCCAUCCAUCAUGAAGCUCCUCGAAGAAGACGAGGAUGAAACAAUGCAUUCUGGUGCUGAUGUGGAGGCACUCACUGCUGCCUUAAACAGAGACAUAGAAGGAGAUACCUCAACUUCUCAGCCUUCAGAUUCUGAAAAUGUUUUGUCUCAAGGAAGCAAUCACACUUCCAGUCAGUUGUUUUCACAGUGGCAAACAUCCAGCCAAGAUGAAAACACGGACUCUCAAAGUCAACAAGAGCUAAAGAGUUUGCAGCAGCAAGAGCUAAACUCAUCUGACUUGGAGCAAAAGCAGCAUGGAUCUGGUGUUGAGAAUCAGCAACAAGUUGAUGCCUCACAUGACAUAAAUCGCCUCCCUUUGCAACAGAAACAAUCCCAAGAUGAUCCUCAACAGCUGCAGGCAGAACCAAAUCCCAUACAGUUUUCUCAAGCACCUGGGAUACAGAUUUCAGAAAAGAAUUCUGUCCAGAUUCCAGAGCCAGACAGAAUUCAUAAUCCAGAUAAACAGCAUCAAUUCCCAGAAUUACAGAUAAAUAAUCAACAGGGAAUAGCCACUGAGCAGGCAAGUAACUCGGGGAAUCAAAAUAAACAUAUACCAUUUGGAAUGUUGCUUCCAUCUAUAAUACCCCACCUGGAUAAAGACAGAGCCUUGCAACUUCGAACUCUUUAUGCUAAACUGAAGAAAAAUGAAAUCCCCAAACUAGCAUUCGUCAGGCUUAUGAGAGGUAUCGUAGGAGACCAGAUGCUCAAGUUGGCAGUAAUGAAACUGCAACAAUCACCGACCGGACCCAGCCAAUUCCAAUCACAGUCUCAAGCUUCAGCGCUGCAACAACAUUUGAAAACACCAUCCAGUAUUGGCUCACAGUUCUCUGAUCCUCAUUCAUUUUCACAACUUCAUCAGAAGAGCCAGAGCACUCCUGCAGACUCAUCUCAUAUGCCCUCUUCAGCCAUGAAAGUGCAGACUGAUUCAAGCUAUCCAACCAAUGAAACCAAUUCUCAAAAACCCCGGGAGAUGGAACGUCAGUCAGGUUCACAUGGAAUGCAAGGGAGCCAAAUGUCUUCUUCCAGCUUGAGUUCUGCCAAACAAGAAAGGGAGCACUCUGUGAUGCCAAUGCAAGGUCCUAACAAGCAGCAGCUACAGAAACAGCAACAGCAACAGCAACAGCAGCACCAACAGCAACAGCAACAGCAGCACCAACAGCAACAGCAACAGCAGCAGCAACAACAACAACAGCAGCAGCAGCCUCAGCAACAGAAGCAGCAUCUGCACUUUUCACAGACACCUUUUACUAUGUAUGGGAGUGCUGGUGGUAAUUAUCACUCAUAUACAGGCACUAAUGUUAAUACUUCAGCAACAUCUACAAAACAGCAACCUCAUGAUUCCCAAAUGAGGCAAGUGUCUCUUCACCAAAACAUUGGUUCAACUCAGAUGGGAGGGACAAGUCAAGCCAUGAAUCCGAUGAGUGUGCCCAAAUUUGAGAGGCAGAGUUCUGUUAAUGAUCCCAAGAGAGUGCAGGGUGGAUCUCUUCCUCAUCCAUCAAACAGUUCGACAUUGCAACAGAGUUCUGUCCCUUGGCAAUCAUCAACAAAUAAAGAGCAGAUCUCAUCAAUGGCUUAUGUAAAGCAGGAACCAGCUGAUCAAACUAAUGAGCAGCAGCAAAAAUCCCAGCUGUCUACCCCACAGAGUUUGUCUUCUUUCCCUGCUGUACAGGUUGAAAAGGGAAAUGCCAUUCCAGGAAUUUUAAAAGAUGAAUCUUUGGAGAAGCAGGCUUCUAGAAUUGGUUUCUCAUCAUCCAUGAGUAUGUUGCCUCCAAAUUCAGUUUCAUCUUCCAUGGGGACACAUCUGGACCCAAAUGUCCCGCUAGGCUCCCGAAUCCCAUCUGUUACUUCUCCUGUUGGAAUUAAUACAAGGACACCCCCAAAAAAACCUUCUAUUGGCCAGAAGAAACCACUUGAAGCACUUGGUUCUUCACCGCCUCUGCCAAGUAAAAAGCAAAAGGUAUCUGGAGCCUUUCUGGAUCAAAGCAUUGAACAACUGAAUGAUGUUACUGCUGUCAGUGGAGUUAACCUGAGGGAAGAAGAAGAGCAGUUAUUUUCCGGGCCCAAGGAGGACAGUCGAGUCUCAGAAGCAUCUCGAAGGGUUGUGCAAGAAGAAGAAGAAAGGCUAAUUUUGCAGAAAGCUCCUCUUCAAAAAAAAUUAGCAGAAAUCAUGGCUAGAUGCAGUUUAAAGAAUAUAAGCAAUGACGUGGAGCGAUGCUUAUCAUUGUGUGUUGAAGAAAGAUUGCGUGGAUUUAUAAGUAAUUUAAUCAGACUGUCAAAACAGCGAGCUGAUGUUGAGAAACCAAGACAUCGGAGUAUUAUUACCUCAGAUAUUCGACAACAAAUCUUGAUAAUGAACCAUAAGGCCAGGGAGGAAUGGGAGAAAAAGCAGGCUGAAGCAGAAAAGCUUCGUAAACUCAAUGAGCCUGAGGGUAGUACUGGGGUUGAUGGUGACAAGGACAAGGAUGAAGGUCGUGUAAAAUUACUCAAGGCAAAUAAAGAGGAGGACGACAAAAUGAGGACAACAGCUGCAAAUGUUGCUGCUCGAGCUGCUGUUGGAGGAGAUGACAUGUUGUCCAAAUGGCAACUUAUGGCUGAGCAAGCUCGCCAGAAACGUGAAGGAGGAAUUGAUGCAGCCUCUGGUUCUCAACCUGGUAAAGAUCCAAGCCGCAAGCCGUCUUCAACCUCUGGAAGAAAUGUAAGGGAAAAUCAAGAAGCAGAAAAAAGGGGCUACUCAACUGUUGUUUCUUCAUCUGGUGGUGUUAGAAAAUUUGGAAGGAACAAUGCCAUGGUGCCCCAAACUAGGGUAGCUCGUAAUAUCACUGUUAAGGAUGUCAUUUCAGUAUUGGAAAGGGAACCACAAAUGUUGAAAUCUACUCUGAUAUAUCGCUUGUACGAAAAAAUGCGCACUGGUGCCGCAACUGAAUAAUCUAUUUGGUGUCUGAGUUCCUAGUUGUAAAUGCACCACCGGGCUUACAUUUGACCCAUGCUGAUCUUGCAGCACUGAAUACAUGCUAUAAUUUAUCUUCAAUGGGAGAACUUUGCAAUGGAAGGCUAACAUAAAUACUUGCUCUAAUUUAUUUUCAGUGAGAGAAGUUUCAGGGGAAUGAGAACAUGGAUACUUGCUAUAAUUUAUUUUGGAUGGUCGAACUUUGCGGGGAAAAUUAACAUGAUUUCAGUAUGUAACCGAAUGAUUGCAUUCUGCAAUGUGAAUAUGAGCUCUUGGUAAUUUGUUUGUACCUUUUA